GAUCGCUCACCUCCCAUCCCGAACGUUCGGGAGAUAUCGACGUCCAAACAGAUUGCCUGGUCUGAACGUUUGUGAACCGGAUUGCUUGGGAUUUCUACAUUCCAUUUUGACACGGCCGGUAGAAUAUACAUGUAUGAACACAUGCAGUACAGCCUGGGUUCAUCAAGAAAAAACAAGAGAAGGUCAAAGAAGGUGUGCUGGUAGCUACAAGUCAAAUGAAGAGGGUCGGACCUCGAGCUAACAUGAUCCGAUCCGAUCGAUCCUCUUCCAGUCAACAAUUUAUCGUGAGGUGUCAUCUCGAGAUAACCAUGUAACGUAAGUCAAUACAACGUGGUGCAGAAGUCAAACUACAUGGUGCUUCAUUAUUCAACUACUAGCCUAUAAAUAGCAUCCUCGGCUCCCGUCUAAUCAACCCAGAAGGCAGAAGCAUACCACCUCCUCUCCUCUCCUUUCAUCUCAUGGCUGCUCCCGCUCUCAAGUUCGCCGUCGUCAUGCUUCUGGCCGCCCUCUGCGCCGCCGCGCUGGCCCCGGCCACAUCGGGGCAGCCCACUGAUGACGGGCUAGCCACGUGCAUCGACCGCUGCGGGUGUGUGCCCUGCCCGGAAGGGAAGUUCUGCCCCGCCGUGUGCACGACCCCGCCGGCCUGCAAGGCCACAUGCGAGUGCACCUACUCCGGCGUGGGCUGCUAGGCCCGGCUGCGAACUGGCGACGCCACAUGCGCCCGCCGCCGCUGCGUCUGUCAGAGCCAACACUGUAUUGUACUCCUUUCAUUCGAAGUUACUUGUCGAAAAAAUGAAUGUAUCUAUAUGGUUUUUAGUUAUAGACACAUGCAUUUUUGUGACAAGUAAUUUCGAACGGAGGGAGUAACUUGUAAACCCUGUAUGUCUGCAUGUAUUGUGCGUGUCUGUGCUGUGAUGUGCUAAUAAAAUGUCAACGGAUCGAUCCAUGAGACAAAAAUAAAUAUAUGGAAAUGUUACCUUCGUUCCA